UUUUAUUUAAUAAUUUUUAGGAAAUAUCUCAUAAUUUAAUUCUUUUAAAAUUAAAAAAAAUUCUUAUUAAAUUUCUGCUUUCCAAUAAAAUGUUUUCAAAAUUUAUUGUAUUUAUAUAUUUAUUAACAUUACUUGAUUCCGUUCUUGGUACUCCACCUCCAAUUGCAUGUCCUCCUGGGUGGAUGUUGUUGCCAAACAGUAAUACUUGCUAUAAAUUAGCAGAACCAUCCACUUGGUUUAACGCAAAGAUUUACUGUUCGUCCUUUAAAAACUCUGCUUUAGUCAUAAUUGACAAUGAUCCAGAACUACAAUUAGUCUCACAAAUUUCCCUAGGAAAUUAUAUAUGGGUUGGAAAUGACAUUAGUUAUCCUAGCCGCACAUGCUUAAAACGCAAUAACAUAAGUUUGGUUCCUGAAUCUUGUACCACCUUACUACCCUACGUGUGCGAACUUGAUAUAAGUCCUAACCCAUGUCCUAUCUUAUACCCAAAUGACCCUAUUCAACGUUUUUAUUACCCUCACCCAGUUUUACCUAAUAAGUUCAUUCAAUGUUCCUUGGCUAGUAUUCACUACGUAAUGCUAUGUGCUAAAGGAACAAUAUGGGAUCAAAGUAUAUUGACUUGCAUUAGAUCCUCUUAUCCUUCCAAAAAGAAAAGAAAUAUAGAAUUCCGCAUACCAAGAGGUUCCCGAUAAGUAUCCUGAACAUUUCCCCAACUCUUACGAUUAUUAGAAUUUCCAAACUCUUACGAAUAUCAAAAUUCAAAAUUUUUAUUGAUUAUUAUCAAUAAUUUAUUGUAUUUAUCUAUUAUGUUUCAAAAUUUUUAUUGAUUAGUAUCAAUAAUUUAUUGUAUUUAUCUAUUAUGUUUCAAAAUUUACAUUUUGAUUAAAUAAAAUAUAAGGUGUAUAUCUUUA